CCUCCAUAAGAGUCACUUUACUCCGAGCUCUCCGAGAAGUUUAUCAGCAGAGCGCGUGAGCUGCAGCGGACACACUGAGCUCAUCCUCCUCACAAACAAACACAUACAGAGAGAGAGAGAGAGAGAGAGAGUGAUGCAGGGGUGACACACUGCAGGUCACACACUCUUACUUCUUUAAAAAAAAAGACAUUUAUUUGUCCACCAUCAUGACGGCCAAAACUCUGGAGAAGGUCCCGGUGAGUCUCGGGGGGUUCGCGCAUCCUGACAGCAUGUACUCGGUGGAUGACAUCAGCUCCAACCUGCCGACCUCCGUCACCAUCUACAACAACAGCGAGCUGGGAGCGCACUACGACCAAAUCAAUGUGGGGGACGGCCUGAUGAGCGCGGAGAUGAGCGCAGCAGACAGACGCUCUCUCGACCUCUCCUCUUACUCCGGUGGCUUCUCUCAGCCCGCGAACCACCGGAACCAGACCUUUACCUACAUGGGAAAGUUCUCCAUCGACUCCCAGUACCCGACAAACUGGAGCCCCGAGGGAGUCAUCAACAUCGUGUCGGGCAUCUUCAACGUGGCCGGUCCUCCUCCUCAUGCUGCUGCUGCCUCCUCCUCCUCCUCCUCUCCGGCCUCCUCAGGAUCUCCUCCUCACUUCUCCUCCGGAGCUCUGAGCUGCAGCAUGGCGGCGCAGACCCCGGCUGAGUUAGACCACCACCAUCACCUGUACUCCCCCCCUCCUCCCUACUCCUCCUCGUCGGGCUGCGGGGAGGUGUACCAGGACCCCUCCGCCUUCCUGUCCACCUCCUCCUGUCCCAUCUCUCCUACCCCCCCGCCCUCCUACUCUUCUCCGAAGCAGCCCUGCGGCUCGGAAGGACCCGGGCUCUUCCCGCUCAUCCCGGACUAUUCUGGUUUCUUCCCGCCGGCCUGUCAACGGGACCUGCACGCGCCCGGGAUCCAGGACCGGAAACCGUUCGGCCCGUGCCCUCUCGACUCCUUCCGCGUGCCCCCGCCGCUCAUCCCCCUGAACACCAUCAGGAACUGUACUCUAGGGGGGCCCGGUGUCGGUGGCUCAGAGGGGGGUCCUCCGCGGCUCCCUUCAGCCUACAGUCCUCAAAACCUGCCCCUCAGGCCGAUCCUGCGGCCCCGGAAGUACCCCAACAGACCCAGCAAGACCCCGAUCCACGAGCGCCCAUACCCGUGCCCCGCAGAGGGAUGCGACCGCCGCUUCUCGCGCUCCGACGAACUCACGCGACACAUCCGGAUCCACACCGGACACAAGCCGUUCCAGUGCCGGAUCUGUAUGCGCAACUUCAGCCGCAGCGACCACCUGACCACGCACAUCCGCACGCACACCGGGGAGAAGCCGUUCGCCUGCGACUUCUGCGGACGAAAGUUCGCGCGAAGCGACGAGAGGAAAAGACACACGAAGAUCCACCUGCGGCAGAAGGAGAGGAAAUCCUCCACUGUCUCCUCCUCCUCCUCUUCCUCCUCCAGCAGCUCCGGUGUGGAGCGCGGCGCAGCCAGCAUCUGCUCAUAGUUUCCCGGGGGAAAAAACGUUGUUACCAUGGCAGCGUGACGCACACUAACCCUUGAGAAAUAACUUGAAAAGACUGACAGACAGAUGGAAACAGACUUUAAAGAGAAACUCUGAAGCUGCAGCGAGGACAAACAGGAGGACUCUGUGUACAGUCGUGCGUAAUUACGCACAUCCACACGCGCGUGCUCCACGGACAGUUACAAGGAUGCACUUUUUACCUGCAGAAAGAGUGAUCGUCAAGGGGCGCGUGGACACACAGUGAGCGUGUCAGUGUGAAAUAAAUAACUGCAAUAAUAAAUUAUUGACAAAGUGUUUAUAACAAGUGUGUGUGUGUGUGUGUAUGUGUGUGUGUUCCCUCAGUGCCUUGCUGUGUGU